GCUGGAGUCCCGACGAUCUUCAACUCUGUAAAUAUAUAUACGUAGGUAUAGGUACCUAAGGUACCUAUACCGUCUCACCCUCUAAUCUCCUCCAAGAAGGUUCUCUGACGAUUCUUUUUUAUUCUUUUUUAUUUUUACUUUUUUCAGAGUUAGGCGCUAGGUUUUGGCAUCCUCUCUCUUAGGCGUAGAAGCCACCCAGCUCAAGCGAAUGCCGUAUUCUAGAUACUUAGGUACCCUUCUCUUUACUUGCCUUGGUACCUACUUCAGGAGGUACCUACCUCCUCCGUGAGAUGUACCUGUCUACCUAAAGUCUAUAGGGCUCCCCAGGUACAUAUGAGCAAGUCUCCUCAUUCACUCAUACGUAUCGACCUACAUACCCAUACAGAUUUGUCCAUUCCUUUCUGUAUAAGUCCGCCUUCCAUCACUUGCUCAACCUACCAUUUUCAUCACCUUCUACUUAACCUCCUCUCUGCCAGACUGCAAUUCUGCCUCGCCAUCCGACAUCACCAACACCAACUCCUUUUCCGACCGUAGCCAGGCAAUCCAACCGACACCAUGGUGGAGACCGAGACGCCUUUGGCCGCCGGCCAUAUUCGCCUGCAGUCCAACGACAAUAUUAAAAUAGACGUCGAGAAGGCUGUCGCCGAGCGUUCCCUGCUCAUCAAGAACAUGCUCGACGAUCUAGGCCAAGGCGCCGAGGGACAGACGAUUCCCAUCCCCAAUGUGACCGAGCCCGUCCUGCGCAAGGUCAUCGAGUGGUGCGAGCAUCACCGCAACGACCCGCCUGCUUCCAAUGAGGACGAAUCUGACAGCCGAAAGAAGACCACCGAUAUUGAUGAGUGGGAUCAGAAGUUCAUGCAAGUCGAUCAGGAGAUGCUGUUUGAGAUCAUUCUGGCAUCCAACUACCUCGACAUCAAGGCGCUGCUCGACGUGGGCUGCAAGACCGUUGCCAACAUGAUCAAGGGCAAGUCCCCCGAAGAGAUCCGCAAGACCUUCAAUAUUACGAACGACUUCACCCCGGAGGAGGAGGAGCAGAUCCGGCGCGAGAACGAGUGGGCCGAGGACCGAUAGACGCGUUGGCUACCUAGCUCACCAUCGGUCACCUACUCUACCUUGAUCAUCUACGCAACAAGUCCCACCUGUAGCGUCGUGGUGGUUAACGAGGAAAUUUCCUCUCGUCUUGGUGGCAUCGGGACGGGCUGACGGAUCAUACUCGGAGCGGUGUCGUCACGACUGAUGUCACCUCAGCAGCUGGAGACUCCUCUUUGCAUAGACUUCACUACACGGGUAGACGACUCGCAUUUGCUUUACAGAACAGGAACUGGGACAUGUUAUAAUGAAUUCAUCACGUUGACUUAAUCUUGCCUGUGGCCUUCCCGUGCUUUAU